UAACUUACUUAAGCCAUGGCCUAUCACAAUUCCUUUGUCAUAGCUCUCUUCAUAGCAUUUUCUCUUUCAAGCAUGGAUUUUGGCCUAGCGGGUCGUCAUCUUCUGCAAACAAAUCAACCUGUUAUACCAAAUUUGACCAAACCAACAUUACCACCUUUGCCUUCAAUUCCAAAUUUGCCUCCUUUGCCUACUAUACCAACACUUCCACAACCCUCACUACCUACCACAUUGCCACCACUUCCUAGCAUCCCCACCAUACCAUCAUCAGUUCCACAAGUCACCCUCCCUCCGAUGCCAACAGGUUCAUUUCCAAGCAUUCCUUCAAUCCCAACUACGAUUCCCUCCAUCCCAUUUCUCUCUCCACCCCCUUCAUCCACAAGUCCUUGA